AACAGGAGCAGAGGGCUGGCACGCGGUCCAGCUGCGACCAAAUGACUGAGCUCAGCUGCUCCUAACACGCCAACAACACAUCGCAUCCAUAAACUUGCUUCCGAGCGCGCCAGGAGAUGACUUGUGCGCACUGUAGGGUUAAUGUGCCGUAGGAAAACCCCCGCAUAGCCCAUUCAGAGAGCAUCAACCCAGCAUCAACUCUGAGGAGGAAUCCGAGUGCAUCUCUUCUGAUGACUUCUUGGGUUUCGAUCAUCUGCGCCUCUCUCCGCAGGACCCCGUGUUCCCACUCCAUAGCCGAACAGGCGUUUUGAGUUCGGUACGUGGUGCUGGUGAUGUAACGCUUUGCAUCUCAGUGCUCACUCCACAACUGUUCUCACUGUCGCCUCCUCUCCCAGAGCAUGGGACCCUUCAAACUCUAAAGUGAGAGGACGAGAGUCAAACCAGAAAGAGAAAGAAACGAGGGGGGAAAACAGAGAGGAAAGCGACGAUGGAGUCCAUAUUGUCGGAGCAGUCGGCCGGAGUGGACGAGCUAGUGGAAGCAUGCAUCCAAGCCUUUGAUGAAAGGGGCACUUUGAAGGAUACCUCCUUGGUUCGCAUGUUUCUCAUGAUGCACCCGUGGUACAUCCCGUCAACCGACAUGGCGAAGAAGCUAGUGCUCAAAUCUCAAGAGGAGAGCUGCACUGCUGAGCGCCGAACAAGAAUAUGCCACCUUGUCAAGUACUGGAUCUCUGAGUUUCCAGCAGAGUUCAAUCUGAGCCCGGAGCUGGCUGACCAGAUCAAAGACUUUAAAGACCUCUUGACCACUGAGGGCAACGAGCGCCAGAGUCAGCUCAUUGACCUCGACAGUGUGCCGUCAUAUAAAUGGAAGCGACAGGUGACUCAGCGUGUCCCAUCAGUGUCCAAAAAGAGGAAAAUGUCCCUGCUGUUUGACCACCUUGACUCCUGUGAACUGGCUGAACACCUGACCUACCUGGAGUACAAAUCCUUCUGCAAGAUCUUGUUUCAGGACUACCACAGCUUUGUGAUGCACGGCUGCACAGUGGAUAACCCCAUCCUGGAGCGUUUCAUCACCCUUUUCAACAGCGUCUCCCAAUGGAUCCAGCUCAUGGUUCUCAGCAAGCCCACUGCCCCGCAGAGAGCCGCCGUCAUCUCCCACUUCAUCAGAGUGGCACAGAAGCUGCUGCAGUUGCAGAACUUCAACACACUGAUGGCUGUGGUGGGCGGCCUCAGCAACAGCUCCAUAUCUCGUCUCAAAGACACGCAAGCCCACAUCAGCGCAGAGACCAACAAGGUUUUUAACAACCUCAUUGAACUGGUGACAUCAUGUGGGAACUACAGUCAAUAUCGCAAGCGCUUCUCCGAGUGCUCGGGCUUCCGAUUCCCCAUCCUCGGUGUGCACCUGAAAGACCUUAUAGCCGUGCACGUGGCGCUGCCAGACUGGGCCGACAAAGAGAAGACGCGGGUCAACCUGGCUAAGACCCAACAGCUGUACACCAUCCUGCAAGAGCUGGCACUGAUCCAGGCCACGCCGCCGAACAUCGACGCCAACACGGACCUGCUCAACCUGCUUACAGUAUCUCUGGACCAGUACCACACAGAGGAGGAGAUCUACCAGAUGUCUCUACAGAGAGAACCUCGCAAGCCAGCGCAGAACUCCAGCCCCGCCCCUGCGCCUGAACCCAAGCCCACCAUGAUCGAUGACUGGGCUGUGUCAGUGAAGCCCAACGCUGACCCGACGAUCAUCAAAAAACACAUAGAGAAGAUGGUGGAGUCGGUCUUCAAGAACUUUGACUCAGACGGUGACGGCCACAUCUCCAGGGACGAAUUUGAAGCGAUCAGGAACAACUUCCCAUACCUCAGCAAGUUUGGAGAACUGGACAAAAACCAAGACGGGCAGAUCAGCAGAGAUGAGAUGAUAGACUACUUUAUGAAAGCCAGCUCUCUGCUUAACUGCAAGAUGGGCUUCAUCCACACUUUCACUGAGGCCACCUACGUCAAGCCCACGUUCUGCGAGCACUGCGCCGGCUUUAUAUGGGGCUUCUACAAGCAAGGCUACAAGUGUAAAGCCUGUGGGGUGAACUGCCACAAAGCCUGCCGAAGCCGCCUGGCCGUGGAGUGCCGUAAGAGGACAAAGAGCAUUAGCCACGAAACUCCGCCAGCCCUACAGGCCAGAUCCUACAGCUUCCCUCCACCUGCUAACACCCCGCCAAGCCUGCAGAGCACAGUAAUUGCUGAAGAGGACAUAGAGACAGUGGAGGAGGGAGUGUUUGAUGUCCACCUAUAACCAGAAUCCCUCCUACGGUCGGUGUGCAAGAAGCCAAAUGAGCGACUGUCGGGAGCCAGACACAGAAUGUGCUACAGUAUGUCAGUUCAACAACCCUCAACACUGAUGAGAAAUUGCACUGAACACAAGCCAGGAUACCUACAUGCUGCCACACAGUGGACACAUACCGCAACGACAACACCAACUAACUCACAUGAAUGUGACAACCAAUGUGAAUGGAAUGUCUUUGUAUAAUUUCUAUGUACAAUUUCUGCAUUUUGAUUAUAUGUUGGCCCAGAGUGUUGCUGUAAAACUUACUAUAUAUAUAUAUAUGAAAAAAAAAUCCAUAAAAUUGUAUUUCUUGGUGGAAUGUUAAAGUCAGUGGAGUUGAUAAUUUGAGCGCACUUUGCUGCAAAUUGGAAUGGCUGUCUAUUUUUUUUUUUCUUUAAAACAUAAAAGAGGUGCUGUUAUUGCCAAGAAUGUAAACCUGCCACCCAGACAAAGCUACCGUGUUCUUUGUCUGACAAGCUCCGCUGUUUAUUGUUUAUCAUCUUGUUUUGAAAUACAUUUCAAUGGACCAAUAAUAGGACCAAUUUUGAUGUCAGAUAAAAUAUUGUUGAUUCGUGGUGCCCAUCUGAAGCAUGAUGACAACAGCAACCGUUUGGCCAACAAAAGAAACGACUGUGUGGACAGUUAUAAUUAGGAUGGACUUUGAACAACGUUAUAUUUUUGUCAUGUUUACCUGAAUAUCAGUAACUGUCCUGUAGUUAUUGCCGUGGUGUUGUUUUCAGUAUACAGUACUGUCUUGUACCAGUGCACUGACAGAUGAGCUCUCCUUUUGCAGUACUGUGAAUGUAGCACAAACAGUGAAAUACUGCUGUCAGAUGAAGAUCUCAUUUUCCCCAAUAAAGGCUGUAUGUUGACAGCAGAGAGCAGGAGGCUGGCUAACUUCCCACUGAUUCUUCUAUCAGUUUUUGAAUGGUUUUCGGAGUUCUGUCAGUACAGAUAAUCAAAAGAAUAAUACCCAAACGGAAGCUUUUCAUUUGACAGCAGUGUGUAAAUUGUAUAUUAUUUCCCUGAAGAUCUGUUUUGAUGCAAGUUGUAUUUUGCUGUUUUUAAUCCUGCAUGCUUCUCCCACCAUAACUCUAUUUUCUGGACAGAGAUCGAGGAUUUUUUUUUAUGCUUCAAUGUAGCACGCCAAGUUAGCAUUUAUUUAGGAAACAUGAAGUAUUGAACUUCCAGACAGAGGAAAUGUUUCUGUUGCUUUGUGCCUGUGCAGAGAUGAAUUCACACUCGAGUGCCAUAUUGUUAAGUGCUGGUUUGUCAUUGAAUGAGACUCUUCCUGUUGCUGGUAUUUAUUUUUCUGUAUAAAUAGCUAAAUAGCUGCCGGUCCUUCUGUGUCGCUGCCUGCCUGACGAAAGAUGUUUGUUGUCAUUCUGUGAAUGAAUCUUUCAGACUGAUGUCAUGUUACUUCUUGUGGUCCCCAGACGAUUCCCAAGUAUUAAAUGCAGCAGGCAUCACUAAUAUGUGUUCUGGUUUAGAAAAA